AUGAUUUCGGCUCUUGAUCAAAUAAAACAAUGGACUACUGUCGUUGCUGAUUCUGGUGAUUUUGAGUCAAUUAUACUAUAUCAUCCACAAGACGCAACUACAAAUCCCUCGUUAAUUUUAGAGGCCGCUAAAAAUCCUCAUUAUAAUUACUUAAUUAAUUCUGCCAUUGAAUAUGCAAGGAGUAAAGAAAA